AUGUCAAAAAAAGUCCUCACAGCAUACAAUGCAAUAGAUCAUACAUAUUUUUCUCAGUUAUCACAAAGAAACAAAGCCUUAUAUAUGUAUAGAAGUAUAUUAAGAUUAGCAAAUAAAUGGGAAUCAGAUUCACAAAGAGAAGACAUUAGAUAUGAAACAAGAUCCACAUUUCAAAAGAAUAAAGAUUUAACAGACACCGAAAUUAUAAAUGAUAAAAUUGAAGAAGCUAGAUCAAGAAUGUUAACUGCACUUCAUUAUAAUAUACCAUAUGAAAAAAAGAAAUAUAAUAUUCCUAAAUAUCAAAUUCAAAUGAAACCACCACCAGAUCCAAAAGAUGAAUCUGGAAUUUGUUAA